UUGAGCACAGACACGAGUCGUCACCGUACAAACCCGCCGCUUUCCUGCCGUGAUUCCGGGCUCCAGUUCCUCGGCUGAAGAUGUGGAAGAUAAAGCCUCCGUUGGAGUACGCUAAGGAAGUGAGGUACAGGCCUAUUUUAGAGAGUCUGGCGCCCCUGGACCCGAUGACGUUGUUGAAGCUGAACCGGGGGUCCCCGGAGGAGGAGUUCCCCAAUCUGAGCAGGAAUAAGACCGUCAUGGCCGCCGUCCUCACGCUCGACAUGUACAAGUGGCAGUACCACAGGGCCACCGACAGCGGCGUCAUCUUCGAUGACGUCAUUCGGCCCGGGCUGGAGGACCCAGGCCAGGCAGCAGGACCUCUCUCUGUGGGCUGUGUAGCCGGAGAUGCCCAGUCCUACAUCCUCUUCUGCAAAUUCUUUGACCGAGUCAUCGAGGCCUACCACGGCUACAAGAUGCCUGGCAACCAAGAGAGCGACUUCAACUAUGACAACCUGAAGGGCGGAGACGACUUCGACAGCGAGUACGCGGUGGCCUGCGAGGUGCGAGUCAGCCGGUGCGUAGAUGGCUUCUCAUUUCCCACGCACUGCUGCAGAGGGGAGCGCAGAAAGCUCCACACGGUGGCCAAGAAAGUCUUCGGCCAGAUGGCUGAAGAGUUCCCGGGUAAGUUGUAUUCUCUGGGAGAGCUGGAGCAGGGCAUGCUGGGAGAGGGAAUCACCAUGGAGACGGCCACGGACCUGAGGAUGAAGACUGGGGUGGCCAGGGACUGGCCAGAUAGCCGGGCAGUAUGGCUCAGUAAAGAGGGAAACCUGGCAGUGUGGAUUAACAUUGAGGACCAUCUGCAGUUGGUCACAGCGAGGGCAGACUCCAACAUAAAGGAGGCCUUUCAGUGCGUCUGUGUCUACUUACAAAAGCUGGAGGCGCUGUACAGGAAGAUGAGGCACUCGUUUGUAUGGAAGCAUCACCUGGGCUGGGUGGUGAGCUCACCCGCGCAGGUGGGCACGGGGCUGCGUGCCAGUGUUCACCUGAAGCUGAAGCACCUGCCACUCCACACACGACUGGCUGACAUCCUGCAGAGACUGCGCCUCCACAUGGAACCUGCCGGCUCCAGCGGGGUCUUCAGGGUCUCCAACGCACACACCAUCGGCUUCACGGAGGUGGAGCUGGUGCAGAUGCUGGUGGACGGAGUGAAGCUGCUGGUGGUGAUGGAGCGGACCCUGGAGGACCCGGACGGCAGCAUCCAUCACCUGGUGCCAGCGCAGAAGUGAGCGGAACGGGCAGCGCUCUUACCUGCUGCCGCUGCUCCCACUGUGAGUGUG